GUGCACAGCUGCUGCUUCUUUAAGAGCCACCGCCCGCCCCCUCUCCUGUAUUUUUAGCUGAGCCAGCCACUUCAUUUGCUGGAAAAGACAGACAGUUGUGUGCCGUAUGAUCUCACUUAAUCGUUUUAAUAAAUCAAAUCUUAUAGGCUACUGCGUAUUUGCCGUGGGCCUACAGCCAGCUGUUCCCUGGAAAUGUAUAUGAUUGUCAUUUGUCCCGCAGCUGUCGGAUGCUGAAUCGCGCAAUCAGCCUGUGGAUGCUUGAUGCCCAUUAUGAAACGCAAUGCUGCACUGGGUACCGAGUAUUAGGCGCAGCGCUUUUGAGAUCAAAUGAAUUACAAGAAAUCAAUUUAGCUGCAAAAUAGUCCUGUGGUGCGGACGGGUCAAGGUGGUCCAGCAUCUCCUCAUCUUCCUCUUCUUAUUGUCUUCUCUUGGAUUGUGGAUAACUAGAAGCCUUCAAGACGGAGGGGGUGGUGGAGCAUCGAGGAAAAAAUAGGGGCAAUAUGAGAGAGCGGGACUUCAUGCCCAAUAUGGAGAGGGGCAAACCUGCUACUUAUACGGGGGACAAAAAGGCUAAGAUGGCUGCUAAGACUAACAAGAAGUGGGUGAGACUAGCCACUGUUUUUGCAUAUGUAUUGUCCGUGUCCUUAGCAGCCAUUAUCCUGGCAAUUUACUACAGCCUGAUCUGGAAACCAACCAGUGCAUCCUCAUCUACGGGGAAGCCGGGAGUGCCCGGGGAGGUCACCCCCACCGCAAACAUCUCAACAAAUAUUUCAACAAGCAACAAUGUCUCAGAGUGGAACUCUACUCAGACUGGACUGCUACCUCUCAACCAGACCAGGCAGGGCACAGCCCCGUACAGUCAGGCGUUUCAGUGGGAUGACAGAGUCGACAGUGUGGCCGUCUCUCCGCACGGUGCUGGAGCAAAAAAUGCGCACUCGCAGCAGGAGAAGGGACUCUACGCAUCUUCCCACGGUCACGCAAGCGCGGAAAGACCGGGUAAUGUGGGGAAACAGACACGCGCGUCUCAACCUGGAGUGAGCCACUACAUGCCGUCCAGCAGCCCCAGGGAGGCGCAGAGACCGGGCGACGGGGCGAAUGACAACAGCGACCCCGACCAGGCGGCUGCAGAUGCUGCCACUGCUCCUCCAACAUCCGCGAAGAGACGAGCUGGCCUGAGAGGAGACUGAUCGGGCCGCAUCCGCGCCACCACACACCCCCCCUCACACACAUAAACUGACCCUAGAAGGAGUGUUUUACAGAAUCAGUGCCGCAGGUCGGAUAACACACAGGUUUUCACCUUAACAUUUUGCAUAGCCUUUUUAUGGAUGCUCUGAACCCUAAUGACUAAGAAAAGAGGAUACCUCGCUUCUCGCAGUGAACACUGUUUCCCCUUCAACACUAACUAUGCGGGUUUUUUUGUUUUAGGCCAUCUGUAUGCCUUAAAUCAAUGUGUGUCUACUUGACCUCGGACAGCUUCUGAGGCUACUAACCUGCCUGUGCGCGUGGACAACACUGGUAUCUAGAUAUUAUGUUAAAAGAAUAGGGCACGGCCGGGGUCCAGAGAUGCGUUUGGUUUUGCAGGACAUCAAUAUUUCUCACAGGCAUACAGCGCUCAUAACAUCACUGCCAUUCCUCAGCUGGUCUAAAUUAAUACUGCAUUUUUGCAUUUUAGCAUAGGCUGUAUUUUCUUUUCAUGGAUCAAACCUGGAUUCCAAAUAGAAGAACCUGCAUUAAUGAGUUAUGCUCAGGUAUGUGCAUAUAACCAUGUAAAUGUAUUGUGUUUUUGGUUACAUAUAGGGCAGGCAUACAUCUUUUGGGCCUUGAUAAACUUCUGGUGUAAUAAGAUGAAUUUUUAUUAAAGGUAGUAGUACAAAAGGUAUAAAUAACAUUAUCACAAGGUACAAAUGAACAUCCUUAGAAAAUGAUUCAUUUCUAUGGUUUUUAUAAUAGAUCUAUUGUAUGUAAACCAUGAAUUGAUAGCUGCCAUUAUCCUGUAUGUUAAAGAUAUUUUAUUUAUUCAGAGCCAGAAUGGAUAAUAUAUAUUCAAAUAAAUGUUGGGUUUUUCCUAACAUCUCACUUUUUAUUUCAAAAAUAAAAUACAGAUGGAUUUAAA